UUUUUUUUUUUGUUCUUAGUUAUCUUUUAUUGCAAUUAUAUGUUUCGAUUCAGGAAAAUACAAAAUCAGUUCGUACUCUACCAAAACGGAAUCAACGUCCAAAAUCCACACGCCUUCCUUGUUCAGAAAUGGGUUUAACAACACCCACAUCUGUUGAUUCACCAACAAAAAUGACCACACGCAGCCAAGUACGGCACAAUAAUAUAAAUAAUACCAGUACAAAUGGAGAAAUUGAAAUACCGAACAAAAAAGAUAAAUUAAGAAAAUCUCAAUUUACACACCAUCAUCGCACAUCAGAAAUUAUUGAAAAUAUUCUUAAUGUUUUAAAAUUACUUGGUGACGGUUUACAACACUUAUCAUUAUACGAAUGUCGCCAAGCUGUUGAUAUGUUUGAAUCGAUAACAACGAAACAUUUAGAUACACCCUAUGUUCUAUCAAGUCUAGCAUUAUCAUUCUAUCAUUUACAUGAUUAUCACAAAGCAUCAUUGAUUUAUCGACAACUACGGACAAAAUUUCCCUAUCAUAUUGAUGGAUUAGAAUAUUAUAGUACGGUGCUAUGGCAAUUGAAAGAUGGCGUAGCAUUAGCCACAUUAGCACAUGAAUUAACUGAAACACAUCGAAAACAUCCAGCCAGUUGGUGUGCAUCGGGUAACUGUCUUAGUCUUCAUCAUGAAUAUGAUAAAGCCAUUCAAGCGUUCAAACGUGCCAUACAAAUAGCUCCAGAAUCUGAUUAUGCUUAUACAUUACUUGGAAAUGAAUAUGCUGUAAUUGAUGAAUUGGAGCGAGCUUUGGCUUGUUUUCGUAAAGCAAUACAACUGAAUGGAAGAAGUUACAAAGCAUGGAAUGGUGUAGCUCUAGUUUAUUUGAAACAAGAGAAAUUUCCAAAUGCUGAUUUUCAUUUUUCUAAAGCAGCUACCAUAUUUCGAACAAAUCCAGAUCUUAUUUGUCAUUGGGCUAUUGCACAACAUAAAUGUCAUCGAUCUGAAAGUGCUCUCUCAUUACUCAAUGAAGCGUUAAGAAUUGAUCCCAAAAAUGCUCUAUGCAAAUUCCAUAAAGCUGGUCUAUUACUUCAUCUUGAACGUUAUCAUGAAGCAUUGGAUGAACUAGAAGAAUUAAGACAAAUAGCUCCGAAAGAAUCUCUAGUCUAUUAUUUGUUAAGCAAGGUUCAUCGUCAUUUAAAAAAUUUUCAUUAUUCGUACAUGUACAUGUCAUGGAGUAUGGAUUUAGAUCCAAAAGGUGCUAAUAAUCAAUUGAAAGAAAAUGCUGAUAAACUGUAUUCAAAAGAUGAAGAUCUAUUGUUGGGUAUGGAAGAAAUGGCAUCGUCUAUUACCGAAGAUGAUAUGAGUCAGAUGGCAUCACAAUCAUCAUUACAAGACAUUCAACCGAUGGAUUCUAGUGAUGAAAUAGUUUAA